AUGUAGGGAGUUCCUUAAAAAAGGUCUGUUAUUGAACAUAGCCAGAAAAAUAAUUAGGCAAAUGAAACUAUCAAAAAUACAUUAAACAUUGAUGAUAAACUGAAAUUCAUAGAGAUAGAAUAGUAAAUAAAAUUAUUCGUUUAAGGCUUAAAGUAUCUACAGGUUGAGAACGAUUAGUAGGGAAGUUAAAAAAUAGAUACUUAAUCUUCGUUAAAUAAAAUUGGUAAGACUUAAGACGAAUACAGCGAUGUCAAACCUAUCAAAAGGAAAGUGUAAUUAGCUGAUUUAAUAAAGCAAGAUCAAACAUAUUACGAUAAAAUCACUUUAAAAGAAAAACAUAUUGCAAAAAAUAAUUUAGAUAAAGAUGUUCAGCUAAAAGACUUGAUUAUCAAAGAUAAGCCUUUAACUAUGUUUAUGAAGGAAUUGGGAGAAUUUAUUUUUAUAAUAAUCAUAUAAGAUGUUACUUUUAACUUAUUUGGAAUUUAAAAAGAUGAAAUUUAUACAGAUGAAAGCUAAGUUGAUUUAAACUUUUUAUCCUAAGUAAAAAUGCAGUUUUAGGUUAUAUAUCAAGAAUAAUCUCAUAGUGAAAAGCUAACUUGCUGUGAAUAGACUUUUUACUAUCCAUAAUUUAAUGAGGGAGCAACUGUGAGCCAAGAGCCUAUGAUUUGCUUUUUACUAGGAGGAGAUAUUGGAGAAAUCUUUGUCCUAAAAGACGUGGGCACUUCUUUUUCUAUUUCUCGUAGAUAAGUUUGCACUGGAUAAAUAUAGCAAAUUAUAACACCUUAAGAGAAUAGCUAUUUUUAACAUGAAAAUUUGUGUUUAGUUCUAUCUUAGUUAGAGCAUAUUUAUCUAGUUAAUUUUGUAAAUGGGAUAAUUGUUGCUUAAUUUGGAAAUUAAGGCAGUAGUGGACCUGGUAAAUAUUUAUCAGUCUCGUGGCAUCCAAGCUAUGAAUAUUUUUUAUCCUCUAGAGAAAAUGGAGGCAUAGAGCUGUGGAAAAUAGAUCAAACAAUUAUUAAUCACAUAUCAGAAGCUUACAAUACUAAUAAACAUCCUGGCAAAUUCUUCAGAAAGUAUGUUGAUAUGGCAUAUUACUAUACACUAGGAGUGCAUGUUAAUUAAACAGGACCACUUGUGUAUUCAACUCUUAUGGAACAUGUUUUAGUAAGCAUUGAUAAUAAUUUUGUGCUGAGAUUUACAGGACUAGAAAUUAAAAACAGUGAAAGCCACAUAAAUAUCCUUACUGUUGAGUUAAAAUUAUCUCCUUCAGAGAUAGUUAAUGUUUUCUCAAUUGACUUAGAUAUCUAUAUAGUAACUAAAAAUAGAAUACUUGUAUUCACUUUAAAUGACACAAAUCCUUUAUUUGUUGAUUUUAGACAAAUAUACUAUGAGCCACAGAAUUUUAGUUGCUUAUUUGUUUCUAAAGACUAUAAAUAUGUAAUUGGCAUGAAAGAAAAAUAAAUUUAUUUAAAUUACUAAAAGGGUUUAUUCUCAAAAGAUCAUCAAAUCGAAGUUAAAUAAUAAAUGAUUGAUUGA